CAGUUCUAAACAAGCACUUACACUGCUGCAGCUUUUUGGAAGUCUCAUUUUCAUGAGUUCUCAACAGUUUGGAAAUACAUAACCACCAUGAACCGCUUUAAUGGACUAUGUAAAGUCUGCUCAGAACGCCGUUAUAAGCAGAUUGCAGUUCCGCGUGGAAAGGAUGGCUUUGGAUUCACUAUUUGCUGUGACGCACCAGUUCGAGUUCAAGCUGUAGACCCAGGUGGCCCAGCUGAGGAAGCAGGACUGCAGCAGUUGGACACUGUGAUACAGCUGAAUGGACAGCAUGUUGAAAACUGGAAAUGUGUGGAAUUAGCACAUGCAAUCAGAAGCUGCCAGGGUCCAAUUAUACUUAUUGUUUGUCGAAUAGUCUCUCACAUUAAGCCAGGUUUGGAAAACAUGGUUCGAAGACCUUCAUAUAAAUCAACAUAUAGUCUUCGUUCACCUCCUAACAAACGAGAAAAAAGUACAACAAUGCCAUUGUUUGCAGAACACAGACGGAGUUGCCACAUAAUCCCUGAUGGGUCAGAUGGUAUUGGCUUGAGCAGCUGGGAGAGGCUCGAUUCUGUACCAGAUAAAAACCAGCAAGCAACGCCUGGACUGCAACAGGUGCCAUCUGCAGCGGAUCCAAAUUAUAUUAUCCUUGCCCCAUUCAGUCCCAGAACACAGCUUCUGAGACCAGUUUAUGAACAGAAUGUAACCAGUGGACGUUCUGCUGCAUGUAAAACUCGGUCAAAGCUGGGACGAAAAGCCACACUCAUAAAAACUGUCCAGUCUGGCAACAACUAUGUAAAUUAUCAGAACUGUACUGUUGUGAGACCUCACAUCCCCCAGUCAAGUUACGGAACUUAUGUAACACUUGCUCCAAAAGUUCUUGUGUUUCCUGUUUUUGUUCAGCCAUUAGAUCUUUGUAAUCCUGAGCGAAUUCUUGUUCUGUCUGAAGAGUUGCUUCUUCAUGAAAGCAGGAGCAAGUGCCUGAAGGUUACCUUGUUCAUUUACACAGAUUUGAUGUUGUUGACUAAAGAAGAUGAACCUGGGCGUUGCAAUGUUUUCCAAAAUCCACUUUACUUCCACAGUAUGAAGCUGCAUGAAGGUUCUUCUGAAGAUCCCAAAUUUUGUGUCAUUUAUUUUGCUGAGAAAUCGGAGUGCCUGUUAAGUUUGGAGACUUAUUCCAGAGAGCAGAAGCGGAGAAUCUGUCGGUGCCUAAAAGAGAACAUUAUUAAACAGCACCAGCUGAAAGCAGCAGCUGCCACUGGUAACACAAUGUUGGAGCCCAAAUCAGAUGAAAAGAACCAAAUGCCUUCUGCAGAAAACACAAAGACUGAUGUUCAACCUGUGUUGAAAGAACAGACAAGUGAUGAUAAAAUUUCUAUGAAAUGUAGUUCUGUUGGAGCAGAAGGCAGUCAGAAUGCUGAACAUGUACAAGAACCUGCAGAAGAAGUUGCCCAGCUGCAUCAUCACAGGCCAGUUCUCCUUGUACCGGAAGUGAGGUUGGACAGAAGUUUCAGCCAGAGUGCAGGUGCCAUACCCAGUCUAAAAGAUAACAUUGCUGAUGAGGAGGAAGAGGAGGAGGAGGAGGAGGAAGAUGAGGAUGAUGAAGAUGAAGACAGUGAUGAAAAUUACCUUGACCAUAGUGAGUCGAAACGUCGCAGCAUGUUUGAAUCAUCUAAUUGUGAAAAGCACUGCACACUGAGUGUUCAGAACUCCCUGAGGCGACGUACGCACAGUGAAGGCAGCCUUCUCCAGGAGCCAAAAACACAGUGCUUUACUUCUGACAAUACUCUUAAUUGCAUGGACAAAGACAGUGCACAGUCUGGUUGGCAGAUACCAUCCCCAAAAACCCUAAAGAAGGAACUUGCAAAAAAUGGUGGCUCUUUUCAUCAGUUACAUUUCAUCUUUGGAAGAAAACCUGGUGGGCCAGAUAUCGAAUGCAACUGUGAAGAUGGCAGUGAAGGUUCCAGAAAGAAAAAAACAAAAAACUUGGCAAAAGACAUGAAGAACAAGCUUGGUUUCUUACGAAGACGGAAUGAAGCCACAGCUGGCAACCCGGCAUGCAAGCUUGAUAAAGUGUUGCGAUCUGUGAAGCCUACACCUGAAGAAGCUUUAAAGUGGGGGGAGUCACUCGAGAAGCUCCUUCUACACAAAUAUGGUUUGGCAGCCUUUCGAGCUUUUCUCAGAACAGAGUUCAGUGAAGAAAACCUUGAGUUCUGGAUGACGUGUGAAGAUUACAGAAAGAUAAAAUCUCAGUCUAAAAUGGCAUCUAAGGCUAGGAAGAUAUUUGGUGAAUACAUUGCCAUUCAGUCAUGUAAAGAAGUUAAUCUUGACUCGUAUACAAGAGAACACACAAAAGAAAACCUUCAAAACAUUAAUCAGAACUGUUUUGAUCUUGCUCAAAAGAGAAUUUUUGGACUGAUGGAGAAGGACUCAUACCCACGGUUCCUCCGAUCUGACUUGUAUUUAGACUUGAUAAAUCAGAAGAAAGUCAGUCCGUCAUAGAAGAUGAUCUUUUAAGGGAAGUGGACAGUGUACAACAGUAACUGAAUUGCUUGAAUGUUUACAUGAAAUAAAACUGUUGUCCACUCUCUGUCACAUGGAGUGAGGAGCUGUAGAAGAAUGUGAUUGCCAUAUCUCUGUCAAAAGACUGGUAUGCGAGCAAGUUAGAAGCACAGAGGUGAGGGACAGCAGGAACCAACACUGCCUGGUACUGUUUUAUGCAUCCUUUCUUUUGUAUAGCCACUUAACUCCAUCUGCUGUAGUCCCUCUUCCAAUAACUUCUGCACUGCUUCCUUUAUGAUGGAAGUAUGUCCCUCACUUUUACUUUGAUGCACUGGUGUUUCGCUCGUCUCAAAGCCUUGUUGUCAUUAUGUUACUAAUACUGACUCAAAACUAAGAAAACUGGAACCUUGUGUUUUACUGCACACUUAACCCUCAAGAGGACUACUGUUAUUGCUCCUUUUUGUGGAGCUGUACUAUGGACAUGUGUAAUGUAAAAAGCAAAACUAAAAUGGACCAAAAUGUGCAAAACAACUAUGCUGUCCUUUCAGGAAAUUUGAGAAUUGCUGCCCGUAUCCAAAGACUGUAGCUUCCAUUUCUGUUUGCUAGAAAAUGUGACAAGGCUUUACUGCUAGUGAAACUAAGAUACGAGAUUCUCAGGAUUUAUAAAACCACACUGUUUCUUCAUUCCUGAUUACCAAACGUAUAUUCUAUGAUUCAGUGCUCCCACUUUGCUCCAGACCUCAACAUUGCAGUAUAGCUGUUGUAGGAAUUAAUUCAGUACUAUUACUUUCUUGUAGACUGCAAAAUUACAGUAUAGCUAUUGUAGAGAUAUGGUUUUCAUAACAUAAAAGCUUAUAGUUGGUGGCCAAACAGAAACGCCUUGCAUACUACUUUUCUCUAUUUAAAGUGCAAUAUUUUGGAUAAAUGUUACGUUACAUGAGCUUUGUAACGUUUAAGAGUAUGUACAAAUUAUGUCAAUUGUAAAGAUUUAUUUACAGUAAAGUUAAUUUUUAACUGCAUAUUCCUGGCAGCUGGCGGCUGGGGCAUUAUAUGUGUGUAAAUACAUUAUAUAUAUGUAUGUAUAAUUCAUUAAAGAUAUAACGUUUGAUAAUGCAAAUGUGAGAAUGUGCGGAAAUGUGUGUCAAUGGACGUCUCAUCUCUGUAAGCAAUUUAGGAUGAGUAAGAUGUUGUGGGAAGCAUUUUCUUUUGUUGCGAACUACCUGUUGAAAUUUGCUAAAAAUGUAUUGCAUCAUAUGUUUACAGUGCAAAGCAUCUCUGGAAAAAGGUAGUCAAAUUGGUAUUGAAAAGGAUGAAUAAAUAGUUCUGUAUGA